AUGGCGGAACAGGAAUUGCAAGAAAUUGAGGACAGCCCACUUGAAGAAAACUGGGAAGAGAGAACUCUGAGCCUCCUUCAUGACUCCAAGAUUGACAAUGAUUUUUCAACUGCUAAAGUGGGAAAGAGAAGAAGUCGGAAGCAAUCUGUCAAAUGGAUGAUGAAAAGACCAAUGGCUCUCCCAAGAGUCAUUCUUGAGCUGCAAGAUGAACAUUUAAGAGAAUCUGCUCUGCGUUGCAUUAGCAACUUCCUUCUUGAGGAAGUGCAGACAUUUCUUAGACUGAUGGCUGAUGACUUUCUUACCAUAAGGUCAUGCAAGCGUCUCAUCAAUGUACUAACUCUUUUCCAGUGCAUUGCAGCUAACGAUGAAACAAGACUGAAAUUUGUUGAGUGUAAGAAACUUAUUGCUGCAUCUAGUAUUCCCAACUUUCUGAUGCCUUUAAUCCUGUUUAAGACGUCAGUUGAAUUGUUUGAGAAUGUAAGAGCAGUUGCCUUGUCAGUUCUUGGCAUUUUGUGCCAGGCCGGAGAAUCCGAAAUCGUCCACUGGGCUCUAAGAAACAAUGUGGUUGAAAUGUCUCAGGCGGUCCUAGAAAUUGGAAAUGAACUCUCCAAAGUGGUUGGAAUGCACAUCAUUGAAUCAAUACUAAAAGACAGUACAGGAAUAUCCUGCAUCUGCAGUUCAUCUAACACUUGUCUACUGUACAGAUUAACUAGGACUUUGGACCAUUUGAUCUCUCUCUUGGCAUUCGACCCAGAAUUUUCUCCUCGGCUCCUAUUUCACGCUGUUCGAUGCUACGUCCUUCUCUGCAGUCGUGCAAGAGGACUAAAUGCUGUAAGAAAGAACCUGUCGAGGCACCUCCUUUGUGGAACUUUUGAAAAUGAAACCGAGGAAUUCCCGAUCAUCAAAAGUUUGGUUGAGCAACUGCUUCUCUUCGUUGGAGGAACUGAAGAUCACCGCUUGCUUUCUCUGCCUGAUGAUACAGUGUUUCAUCAGCCGUAG